GUGCUCCCGGACGCCUAUGAUCAGUUCCACAUAGGUGGCCGGUGACGCGACCACUCGUGACUAGCACCAUUUCCCCCUGGAGAAUUGUCGGCCUCCGAGCAUCACCCCGGUCGGGCGGCAAAAGACGUAUCACAUUGAUGUAGCCGUGUUUUAAGCACACGAAAUCAAACGAAAUCCCACAGUCUUUCAACGCUCAACCCCUCUAUCAACGAUCAACAUUUUUACGUGCAUUCAACGAGACCGUGAUGGCACCGCUGACGAUUCUUGUCGCUUCAUACACCGACUCGAUCUACACGCUGUCCUUUGAUCCAGCACCAUCGACAGGACCUCCGACGCUUAAUCUCCUCGCUCAGACCCCUGUUGGAUACCGUCCGUCAUGGAUCGUAUCUCACCCAUCCAAUAACUCUCUCAUAUUUACCGGGCUCGAACAGGUAGAUGGAGAGAUCGUCGCGAUCAAGUAUGGAAGUGGUGAAACUAUUAAGGGAGGAGAAGUAGUGGCCAGGGCUAAGAGUGGUGGCACGGAUCCCUGCAGCCUUCUUGUCAUGGAGGACGAGCUUAUCAUUGCAAAUUACUCAUCGGGCACAAUCGCGACCCUUCCGAUCUCAACAUCCGCCCCUUACAUACUCUCACCGAACCCGUGGACGCUUUCGAUGCCAUUUGAACAUGUGGGCACAGACAAAGCUCGUCAAUCGUCAUCCCACCCCCAUCAAACCAUCUUCAAUCCACUGAACGAGGAGGAGAAUGAGCUCCUUGUCCCAGAUCUGGGUGCAGAUAAGGUCUGGAGACUCACCAAACGAAGCGAUGGCAAGUGGGCAAUUUGUGGUCAUGUUGACAUUGAAGCAGGGGGCGGCCCACGACAUGUUGUAGCUCGAGGAACUACGCUUUACACGUUGCUGGAGCUUACCUCAAAGCUUGCUGUUCACACCCUCCCUCCUCUCCCGGCAUCCCCUACUCCUCUCACAUCUCUGCCCACGCUUUCUGCACCGUUACCGAUACCGAACAACAUGUACGCGGCGGAAAUUCUACUACCCGAACCUAAUACAUCCUUCCCUGCAACAUUCAUCUAUGCAUCCAAUAGAAAUGACCCUAAUCCAGAGGGUGACACAAUUGCCAUAUUCUCUCUCGCCGCCGGAGAGGGCCAGCCAGAACUAGUGAACGAAGUGCGUACGGGGUUAAACCAUGUCAGGGCGAUGACGUUUGGAGGUGACAAAGAUCAGUAUCUGGUUGUGGGCGGUGUAGAAGGUGGUGGAGUGAAGGUGUUUGAGAGGGUUGAUGGUGGCAAGGGACUCCAAGAAAUCGCGAAGCUUGGAGCAGAGGUUGUGGGAUGUCCCACUGGCUUCUUGUGGUAUUGAGAGAGCAUUGUCGAGUCACGGCGUAAACUCGUGGACAUAAGUCCC